GUGUACUGUUUUCUUUUCUUCUGUCAGAUUCUGGUUUGUGUUUGUUAUCGUCCGCGGUUUGGUUCUGCAUCCUGUUCCUCCGGUUUCCCCAAUCCGGCAAGCCGUGAAAACUUCUGAUAUUAUCAAGGAAAGAAUUGGACCUAGCCUUCACCGGAAAUGGCUGCAGACGACAAUACAGACAGCGACUCCGUCACCCCCGGGACACUGCUGAAGCAAGGCGCCGAAGGCAAGCUGUACAUCGGUAAGUACAACGGCGCUCGCUGCCUGGUUAAGGAACGGUUCUCCAAAAAGUACCGCCAUCCGGAUUUGGACGUGCAGCUGACCCGCCAGCGCAUCAAAGCCGAACAGAAAGCCUUCGAACGAUGCAAGGCUGCGGGAGUGGACACCCCCAAGCUGAUGGGGGUUGAUUUGACGGGGAGGAAGAUUUACAUGGAAUAUCUGGAAAAGGCGAAGACCGCGAAGCAGCUGGUGGACGAGGCUGUCCUUGAGGGAGAUAAUACGAAGAUUGAGCAGCUGGCGAAGGAAAUGGGACGAGCAGUGGGACUGCUACAUGGUCAUAAUAUCAUCCACGGUGAUUUAACUACCUCCAACAUGCUGCUGGACCCGGAAGUGAAAGAAGGUUCGGCUCUGCCCUACAGGCUGGUAAUGAUUGACUUCGGCUUGUCUUAUCACUCGUUGAACGUGGAGGACAUGGGAGUCGAUUUGUACGUGCUAGAGCGGGCGCUGCUGAGUGCCCACAGUGAGGUGCCGGAAUUCUUCAGUUGGGUACUGGAGAGCUACAAGGAGCAUAGCAAGUUCAAGGUACCGGAAACCAUUGCCAAGUAUGAGGAGGUUCGAGCGCGCGGACGAAAGAGAACCAUGAUUGGGUAAGGUGAAGAAAUGUUAUUUUAAUUCUAAGUCAAAUUGAUCACGAAAUAUCUAACGUUGAAUUCA